AUGAAUUUCCCACAUCCACCUCCAGGAAAAUAUUAUUUGGUGGAUGCUGGCUAUCCAACACCAGUUGGCUAUAUUAGUCCAUAUAGAUCUGAACGCUACCACCUUCCAGAUUUUAGACGCUCAACUGGAUUUGCAAGCAACAAUGAAGUGUUCAAUUAUUAUCAUUCGAGUUUACGAUGCACAAUAGAAAGGACUUUUGGGGUAUGGAAAAAUAGAUUUGCAAUGUUACGUUGCAUGCCUAGUUUUAAAUUUGAGACACAAGUGCAAAUAGUUAUUGCGACGAUGGCUAUUCAUAACUUUAUUCGAAGGAAAUCAGCUACUGAUUCUGAUUUCAUGCACUUUGAAGAUGAAGAUAUCCUUGAAAAUGACAAUGGCAAUCAAGUUGGUGAGAAUCCAUCCAUAACUGUUGCCUCUUCGACAGAAAUGGAUUUUGUUCGGAAUUCAAUUAGAGAUCAAAUUGUAGAGAGCAUGCAAAAUCACUAG